UCCCACUCGCUCGGCAUUGCAUUGCUUACCCUUGAAUCUUGGUCAUGAUCGAGCUAAAUGAAUUUUCCUCCUCCUUCAUCCCUCUCACAGCAACAGCUUUAGCACUAAUCUCUGCAAUAUUCAUCCUUAGAUACCAUGUCAAAAAAUCAACUCAGAAGACUAAAAAAUAUCACCCAAUCGGUACCUCUCACCUGAGCCGAGUACUCAAUUUUUACAGGCUCUUUGAUUUUAUGACUGACCUUUCACGCAAAUAUAAUACUUACAGACUGUCUUCUUUCUUCGGAAGUGAAAUUUUCACCAAUGACCCUGCAAUUGUUGAGUACAUCCUCAAAACCAACUUUCAAAACUAUGGCAAGGGAUUGUACCAAUAUAACAUUUUUAAGGACUUACUGGGUGAUGGGAUCUUCGCGGUAGACGGAGAGAAGUGGCGACAUCAAAGGAAACUAUCAAGCUAUGAAUUCUCCACAAAGAUAUUGAGGGACUUUAGCAGCGUAGUCUUUAGAACCACUGCUGUAAAACUUGCUCGAAUAGUAUCUGAAGCUUCAGCAUCAAACCGAUCGGUAGACAUGCAAGAUAUUUUGAUGAAAGCAACCUUAGACUCCGUGUUUAAAGUCGUAUUGGGUAUAGAAUUAGAUGGUUUGUCCGGAACUUAUGAAGAAGGUACUCAAUUCACUGAUGCUUUUGAUACAGCAAAUGCAAUUACUUCUUUUCGAUUUAUUGAUGUCUUUUGGAAGAUUAAGCGGUUCCUGAACAUCGCAUCAGAGGCUAAAUUGAGAAAGAAUAUCAAAGUGGUUGAUGAUUUUGUAUACAAAUUGAUUAAAAGCAAAAUUGAGCGACUCAAUAAUCGACAUGAUGAUUUAUCAUCUGUGAGUGGGAAAAAAGAAGACAUUCUGUCCAGGUUUUUGGAACUGAAAGAGACCGAUCCAAAAUACUUGAGGGACAUUGUUCUCAAUUUUGUAAUUGCCGGCAAAGACACCACUGCUGCCACUGUUUCUUGGUUUUUUUACUUGCUUUGUAAGCACCCUGAUAUACAAGAAAAGAUUGCACAAGAAAUAAUAGAAGCAACCCAAGUGAGAAGUAAUUCAAGCAUUGAGGAACUGGCAGCCAAAGUAAAUGAAGAAACCCUUGACAGGAUGCAUUAUCUCCACGCAGCUUUGUCCGAGACACUGAGGCUCUACCCCGCAGUUCCUGUGGAUGGGAAGGUUUGUUUUUCCGAUGACACACUGCCUGAUGGUUUCAGUGUGAAUAAAGGAGAUAUGAUCACAUAUGUACCGUAUGCAAUGGGCAGGACGAAAACUUUAUGGGGUAAUGAUGCAGAGGAAUUCCGGCCAGAGAGAUGGCUCAAUGAAAAUGGCCAUUUCCAACCCAAAAGCCCUUUCAUAUUCACAGCAUUCCAGGCGGGUCCAAGAAUCUGUCUGGGAAAAGAUUUUGCUUACAGGCAGAUGAAAAUUUUCUCCAUGAUCCUGCUUGGGAGCUACAAAUUCAAGCUCAGUGAUGAUAGUAAGCCAGUCAGGUACAAAACUGCACUGACUCUUCAUAUUGAAGGCGGACUCCAUCUCCGCGUUCUCCCAAGAUCGAGCUAUGAAGCUACAGUUAAUGCUUAAAAUUAUAUAGUG